AUGAGUUACGGCAAAAAGGACGAAGACGCGGACCUCGGGCUGGUGAAGGUGGACCGCACCCAGGUCUUCCAGGAAGCACGACUCUUCAAUAGCUCCCCUAUCCAACCCCGACGAUGUCGCAUUCUCCUCACCAAGAUCGCCCUUCUCCUCUACACCGGGGAGAAGUUCCCGACCAACGAAGCCACCACCCUCUUCUUCGGCAUCUCGAAGCUGUUCCAGAACAAGGAUGCCAGCCUCCGCCAGAUGGUCCACCUGGUCAUCAAGGAGCUCGCCAACUCCGCCGAGGACAUUAUCAUGGUCACCAGCACCAUCAUGAAGGACACUGGCGGCAGCACCGAGGCCAUCUAUAGACCCAACGCCAUCCGCGCCCUCUGCCGGAUUAUCGAUGCCACCACAGUUCAGUCGAUUGAGCGUGUGAUGAAGACUGCGAUCGUGGAUAAGAACCCCUCUGUAUCAUCCGCUGCCCUGGUGUCAUCCUACCACCUCCUCCCGAUCGCCAAGGAUGUCGUUCGACGAUGGCAGAGCGAGACCCAGGAAGCUGCCGCCUCCAACAAGUCCUCCGGCGGCUUCUCGCUCGGAUUCUCCACCUCCAGCAGCCAGGUCCCGAUGAACCACUCGACCAUGUCGCAAUACCACGCCGUUGGACUGCUCUACCAGAUGCGCAUGCACGACCGCAUGGCCCUCGUCAAGAUGGUUCAGCAGUUCGGCGCCCCUGGUGCCCUCAAGAACCCCGCUGCCAUUGUCAUGCUUGUUCGACUUGCUGCCCAGCUCGCCGAGGAGGACCCUUCGUUGCGAAAGCCCAUGAUGCAGCUCCUGGACGGUUGGUUGCGACACAAGAGCGAGAUGGUCAACUUCGAGGCUGCCAAGGCUAUUUGCGACAUGCGAGACGUUACUGAAGCUGAGGUCACCCAGGCUGUGCACGUUCUGCAGCUCUUCUUGACUUCUCCCAGGGCAGUCACCAAGUUCGCGGCUCUGCGUAUCCUCCACAACUUCGCAUCCUUCAAGCCCAGCGCUGUCCUUGUUUGCAACCACGACAUCGAGCUUCUCAUCUCUAACAGCAACCGAUCGAUCGCCACCUUCGCCAUCACCACCCUGCUCAAGACCGGAAACGAGGCUAGCGUCGACCGAUUAAUGAAGACCAUUUCGACCUUCAUGUCCGAGAUUACCGACGAGUUCAAGAUUACCAUUGUCGAGGCGAUCCGAACGCUGUGCCUGAAGUUCCCCAGCAAGCAGGCUGGUAUGCUCACCUUCCUCAGCGGUAUUCUGCGUGAUGAGGGUGGCUAUGACUUCAAGCGGGCUGUCGUGGAGAGCAUGUUCGAUCUGAUCAAGUUUGUUCCGGAUUCCAAGGACGAGGCUCUCGCCCAUCUCUGCGAGUUUAUUGAGGACUGCGAGUUCACCAAGCUGGCUGUUCGAAUCCUGCACCUCAUUGGUCUCGAGGGUCCCAAGACUGCCCAGCCCACCAAGUACAUCCGAUAUAUUUACAACCGAGUUGUGCUCGAGAAUGCGAUUGUCCGAGCUUCUGCCGUCACCGCCCUCGCCAAGUUCGGUGUUGGUCAGUCCGAUCCCGAGGUCAAGAAGAGUGUCAAGGUUCUCCUCACCCGAUGCCUGGAUGACGUUGAUGAUGAGGUUCGCGACCGUGCCGCUCUUAACCUCAAGCUCAUGGCCGAGGAGGAUGAUGAGAUGGCCGUUCGAUUUGUGAAGAACGAGAACAUGUUCUCCCUUCCCUACUUCGAGCAGCAGCUUGUCAUGUACGUCACCUCAGAUGACAAGGCUGCUUUCGAAUCCCCCUUCGACAUCUCCAAGAUCCCUGUUGUCACCCGAGAGCAGGCUGAUGCCGAGGACCGUACGAAGAAGCUCACCGCCACCACCCCCACUCUCAAGGCACCCAAGGCUGGUCCUACCAAGUCUUCUGCCACUGGUGCGGAGGCUGCAGCAUCCGCAACUGCCCAGGCUCAGAAGUACGCCCAGGAGUUGAUGGAGAUUCCCGAGAUGAAGGAGUUUGGUGGUGUCCUCAAGUCCUCGCCGCUCAUUGAGCUCACUGAGGCCGAGACUGAGUAUGUUGUUACUCUAGUCAAGCACAUCUUCAAGGAGCACAUUGUGCUUCAGUACGAGGUCAAGAACACUCUCCCCGAUACUGUUUUGGAGAAUGUUUCCGUCGUCGCUACUCCCGCUGAUGAUGAGGACCUCGAGGAGGUCUUCAUCAUCCAGGCCGAGAAGCUUCCGACUGAUGAACCCGGAAAGGUUUACGUGGCUUUCAAGAAGAUCAACGGCGAGGGUGCUCUGCCCAUCUCGACUUUCACCAACAUCCUCAAGUUCACCAGCAAGGAGAUUGAUCCUACCACGGGCGAGCCCGAGGACACUGGUUACGAUGACGAGUACGAGGUGUCCGAGUUCGACCUGGCUGGCAGUGAUUACGUGAUCCCCGCAUUUGCUGGCAACUUCAGCCACAUCUGGGAACAGGUUGGUGCUUCUGGUGAGGAGGCCGACGAGACUUUCCAAUUGGACAGCAUGAACAGCAUUGCCGAGGCCACGGAGCAGCUUACCAAGGCGCUGUCGCUACAGCCCCUGGAGGGAACCGAUGUCCCCGUCAAUCAGACAACUCACACGCUCAAGCUCCUAGGCAAGACGGUCAGCGGUGGCCGGGUAGUUGCCACCGUUCGGAUGGCGUACUCUUCAAAAUCGGGUGUGACGACGAAGAUUACGGUGCGAAGCGAGGAGGAGGGUGUAGCGGAGCUUGUGAUUGCGUCUGUCGCUUAA